UGAUCAGUUCUAGGUGUUCAUGGGGAGUCAUGGGCACGCCUAUUGAUACGUAUCAACUCCCCACGAAUAAUACAAGGCACGUUGAGUUAAAUCAUCUUCACUGAUAUAUGUAGGCUCUGGUCAAAUUAUUUGGAUGCCGAUGUGGGGGAUAUCGGUCUAUUCUAGGGCCCCAGGAUUGCUGUCACUACAUCACGCAUUCCAUCGACGUAUCGCUGUAGCAAGCCGUCAGAUACUGAAUAGGUAAAGAAGCACUGCGAUCGCCUGCGGUAGAGGCUUAAAGCUCGUAAUCUAUCGCGGUUCUUCACCUAUCCCGCUGCCGCCAUGGUAUCUUCCAAUCCGCUGCUGAAUGCAGCCUAUGCUCCCCUUCCCAUCGAUAAAUUAUUCUACGAUCGAGCUGCUCUGGACGAGGGGAGGACCAUCAUUGACUCCUUCGUGAUCCCCAUCCGGAGCGGUAGGGCGUGGAAGGUUGCUGCAGGCCACGUCUUUCGAAUCAGCACGCCUGAGGGGCCACAGGUUGGAGAUCUGAAUCUGUGGAAUGCGAACGAUACCCGAGAACAUAUGUGGGCUGCGAGGACACGCCAGCUCCAAGCAGCUCAUGUCAGCGUCCACGAUCGCCUCUGGUCUAACUUGCCUUUCCUGCGACCUCUGGUUACCAUCGUUUCAGACACGCUGAAAGACUAUGGUGUCGACGAGGACGGUGGUCGCGUACACGAUUUACUGGGCACACGAUGCGAUCCGUACGUGAAUAAGUACAUGACAGGGAUGGAUUUCGACUUGCAUUGCCACUCGAACCUGAUACGAGCGGUGGCGCCUUACGGCCUGACCGAAUUUGACGUGCACGAUGUCUUGAACGUCUUCCAGUGCACUGGGCUGAACUCCCAAGAUCAGUACUUCAUGAAAGCGUGUCCAGCUGAGAAAGGCUCGUACAUCGAGUUCUUCGCGGAGAUGGAUAUCUUGGCUGCGCUGUCGACAUGCCCAGGCGGAGAUCUGAGCAUCCGCAUGUGGGGCGAUGACGUACCUGAAGGCGGCGAUCCAAUGCUUUCUGUGUGCCGCCCGCUCCAGGUAGAUGUAUUCAAGCUAUCGGAUGAUACACUAAAGAGCUGGGAACCGUUCAAUUCCGAUACCUACCAUGGCGACCAUGGCUUGAAAGCUGCUGGACUGCGGGGAAACUAAACCGUCUAAAUGAAUGCGAGGACGAGGCCAAGAGAUGUAAACUAUACAUCGAGCCUUGCCAAUGCCUCGGCGUACUUGGAUCCCACAGUCAUAUUAUACGUUCUGUGCUUUGUCUAGUGUGCCCAUCAUACGCAGAUAAUUCGAAGACGAAGCGGAAGCUCCCUUUCCCAUAGAGCCGAUAAACGACUUAAGCUUCCCG